GGGAAUAACCCAUCAUGUUGAUUCUUGACUCAAAAGUCAGUCAGAGGAGUUCGAAUCCCAGUUGAAGUGGACGCGCUGUGCACGAAGGUAUCCAAAUAUCAAAAACUACGAGUAUCCGAAUCAAAAGGAGAAGGUCGACUUCUUAGUUACCGGUACUGCGGUAUGCACUUGUACUGUUACUUGGAGGAGUACGAAACAGGCUGCUUUUCUCGAAAUGCAGCACAAUCAAUGCAGUUGAAAGCAUAAAUUGAUACCAAUCAACUCUGACUCUCGAAAAAAUCCAGCAGGAAUCAAAUCUACUAAUGCAUCCAAAGCUCUUUGUUGUUUGCACCUUGCUUUACGCUACGGCAAACAUUUUUCUGCCGGCAAGGGCAUGGACGAAUACACACUCUAACAAAUACGACCACCACUACAAUCAGCAACAGAAGGUUGACAGUGGCGACUCUCUUAAAAUCGAUGGCUUGGGUUCGACACUUUCUCGGCGAGAUGUCUUUGGAUCCGCGACCGCUGCAAUAGUCGCUGCAGCACUGCCCUUGCCAGCCGACGCUUUACCUGAUGGAGACCCACCCCUGGAUGGCCUUCACGUUCGAGACCGAAAGUCUAAUAAGGGCGCGCUGAUUCGAGAAGAUUAUUGGUUCAUGAUGGGAAAGACUCCUCCUCGUGUUCUCAAUGGACCACUCAUAACCGACGACCCUGAGUUCAACGCCUUUGGAUCGUGCGAAACGUCCGGUGGUGGUGGUGGUUCGAACUCGUGUACCUACGUUUCACUGAAACAACGCAUACCAGUCUAUUCGAAGUACGGCUUUAGCAUCACAUUGGGAGCAAAAGAAUAUUCCAUGCUCGGUAAUUCCUUGCGAAAAGGUGAUUGGAAUGGUGCCGUGCCAUAUCUGGUGAGUCAAGACUCAAACCUACCCCCACCACCUCCGGUCGACGCCUUGCUGAAGAUGGUCCUCUUCGCUUCUGGGAUGCUAACGUCACCGAACUAUAGCGGUCCGAGCAAACGACUAUUGGUAGCAAGAUUUUAUGCGAACGAAGUUGGUUUUGCGAUUGGAGAAAUCAAAGAGGCCAUCGAUGCCCGCGACCAAAAACGAGCUAUGGAAGCAUGGGAAUUCGGAAGAGAUUCUUUCAACUCGUAUUUCCAGAUUGUAAAUGACAGCAUUUCGCCAAAGGUGGGAGACAAAUUCGAUCUCAUACAAUAACAUUACAUUUACGAAAAACAAAUUUUUCGAAUACGAUAACCAAGGUCGUUUUACAG